UCCGUUGAGCGCCGUGCUGCUCAGGCGCCACCGUCGCCGUGCCGCGCCUGCGGCCAGAGGAGGUGUCGGCGCCGCGCCGCCGCCUCGUCGAGGGCUUCACCCCAACCUACUUCUUGCGCGCGCUCGACGGCUUCGCGCGCCAGCUGCCCAGCCGCUCCGCCGCAGACCCGUGGCAGAUCCACAUCCAAGACCACUUCAAGGACAAGGUGCAGCUCGCGGCGCCCCUCGACGACGGCGUGCUCCACUACCACUGACCCCCACGCGCCCGGGGAGGGGUGGGGGCCCUCACCCAGCUCAGGGCGGACGCCGUAAAGCUGUCGCGCGCACGGCUUGCCGUGGCCGCCGCCCAAUAAACACAUGGCGCGGGAGCUCGUUUUUAUGUGUCUCUAUGUGUCCGUAGAGCUAUUUGCGUGCAGGAGGUGGAGAGUCGUGCACAGUGCAGUACGUGUUACGUAUCUAGAUAAGCGGCGAG